AUGGCAGAUCCUAUAGCUCCAUUCACCUCAGUGGCCACCACUGUGGCUCUGUUCUUCAGUGGAGCUUUGAUCAUGCGCGGUGCGGGUUGCACGAUUAAUGAUCUCUGGGAUAGAAACCUCGAUCCGCAAGUUCGGAGGACUCGGCUGCGACCAAUUGCCCGGGGCGCAAUUACCCCCUUCCAAGGUGUCGUAUUUACUGGAUUCCAGCUGCUUGCCGGGUUGGCCGUCUUGGUUCAAUUUCCAUUGCCGUGCCUUGCCUAUGGCAUACCAAGUCUCGCUCUCGUCCUCACUUAUCCGUUGGCAAAGCGAGUUACCUAUUAUCCCCAGGCUGUUUUGGGCUUGGCCUUUUCCUGGGGGGCAAUUAUGGGCUUCCCAGCACUUGGUAUCGAUCUGCUAUCAAACUCUGCCGCGCUCAUAUCCGCAGCAUGCCUUUAUGCGUCAAAUAUUGCAUGGGUUGUCCUGUACGACAUGAUAUAUGCUCACAUGGAUAUCAAAGAUGAUGCAAAUGCGGGCAUCAAGAGUAUUGCCCUAAAGCAUGAACAUCAGACCAAACAAGUCUUAACUGGACUGGCUAUCUCACAGGUAGCUUUAUUGGGCGCGGCCGGGAUGGCAGCGGGAGCAGGUCCCAUCUUCUACCUCGGUAGCUGCGGCGGAGCUCUCGUCACACUAGGAAUCAUGAUCAGGCGGGUAAAUCUCAAAAGCGUCAAGAACUGCUGGUGGUGGUUUGUCAACGGUUGUUGGAUUACAGGGGGGGUCAUCAGCAUCGGAAUGGCCGCGGAUUAUGUAUCUCGUUCUCUCGAGGAGUCCGAGUCAAAGUCGGUACCGGAAGAAAGAAGACUGCAGGCCUGA